CGCGGGCGGGAGGCGGAAGCGGCGCGGGGCGAUCGCGGGGCGGCGGCGGCGGCGGGGCCGGGCCGGGCCCGGCGAGGCCGCGGGGCCAUGACCGAGUACAAGCUGGUCGUGGUGGGCGCCGGCGGCGUGGGCAAGAGCGCGCUGACCAUCCAGCUGAUCCAGAACCACUUCGUGGACGAGUACGACCCCACCAUCGAGGACUCGUACCGCAAGCAGGUGGUGAUCGAUGGCGAGACGUGCCUGCUGGACAUCCUGGACACGGCGGGGCAGGAGGAGUACAGCGCCAUGAGGGACCAGUACAUGAGGACAGGAGAGGGCUUCCUCUGCGUCUUUGCCAUCAACAACAGCAAAUCCUUCGCUGAUAUCAACCUCUACAGAGAACAGAUCAAGAGAGUGAAGGACUCAGAUGAUGUGCCCAUGGUGCUGGUGGGGAACAAAUGUGAUCUGCCCACAAGAACAGUGGACACAAAACAGGCCCAAGAAUUGGCAAAAAGCUACGGAAUCCCCUUCAUAGAGACCUCUGCAAAAACGAGACAGGGUGUGGAAGAUGCUUUUUACACCUUGGUGAGAGAGAUCCGGCAGUACCGGAUGAAGAAGCUCAACAGCAGCGAGGAUGGGAACCAGGGCUGCAUGGGAUUGUCCUGCCUUGUCAUGUGAAAAGAUGCCAAGCAAACGUGGUUCAGGUGCAGCUGCUGGAUGAGCCUCGAUCUCCUGUGCUGCCUCUCCUGCUGAUCCCUGCAGUGUUUCGGUGCCAGUGACAGAUUCUGGGCACCAGAGUUAAUUAGCACAAGGUCCUUCUCCGUGCUCCAUCUGAAGAGAACACCCGUGGCAUCUACCUCCCUGCUCAGCUCACGGAGCAGCAGCAUCUCUGGAUGUGCUGGGAUUCUUUUCUCACUGUGUUACCUGGGUUUGUUCAAGAAGAAAACCAGACACAAAAGUGAACUAUAGAGACUAAAUGCUGUGAAAAAAGAUGACACUUUACCUCUAGAGUAAAAGCUAGAAGUGCUGUGUGUCCCCUGUCUGUUGGAUUCCGUGCAGUGCUGUCAGAGGAGUGGCACAGAGUGAUGUCACACGGGGUUGUGCCACCAGGAGUGCCCCUGUCCCCUCUCAGCUGGGUGUCUGCUCUCUGUGCACCUGUACAGCAAAAGUGCAACAUCUCCAGUGCCAGGAGUGCCACCUCCCUGAUCCUCCAUUUCUGUAAUAAAAAGGAAAACCUUUCCUAACUAAGUGCCUGUUUGCUAAGAAGAUUUGAAGUUGUCCCUUGGGUUGAGGAAAACCCCAAGGACUGGAAUUUCUUGGGAGCUCAUGGUCUCAAGCAGGCAAGUGUGGUGUGGGUGAUCUGUGCCUGACAGGAUCCUCCAGCAGGAAUUUGGAGGCUGGAAGGUCCAGCAGGCACUUGUGAGACUUUUAAACAAGGGAACACACUGCAUCUGUGUUUUACUUUCUUUGUGGGUGGAACAGUUUAUAUUCUGUAUUGUUUUCCUGCAGCAUUCAGAUCUCUUCCAAGUUGGACCAAACAUGUCAGCUGUUCGUUUUUAACAUGAACUGCCAACAUUUCUGGGCAGCUUCUCACUAAUUAAUCUGGUAACUGGAGGUUGCUUUGGACAGCUGCUAUUCAGCUCUCUCUGUAACUUGCAGAUCGUUUUAUUCUGAAUUAUUUUCUUACCACAGACUGUAAAGAGUCUCUUCAAAAUGUCUUUAGACUGU